UGUUGCUGCUAGAGCCGCUCUAUGAGUAGCGGACGGCGCUGCAGAGCGUUUGGCUGAACAAGCGACCAGAGAAACGAAAUGCGAUAGAACGAAGCUGUCGAAGAUAGUCCAGCUCUUCUUGCUUCGACGUUGCGGAUUCCGCCGCAAUUUGAGCGGCUGAAGCCUGAAGAAACCUGUAGCAGUAACAAGCUAUGGGUGGCCAACUACAUCAGCCUGCGAAUAUCGAACCAAGCUUGAAACAAAAAGAGACUCGGAUAUGACGUCUCGCAAUACGAAAAAGUUACGCUGUUGUUGGAAAUAUUAAGUUGCAGUUCGUUUUGUGCCGCAGCAAAACGCACAGUAUUGUCGAUGACCACCUCGAUUACGGAAUACGUCGUACGAGCUGUUUGGUGAGCCAGCGUUCUUUCGCUAUAUACAUACGUACUUAUAUACGUAUAGUUAACUACUGAAACACCCAAAUCCUGAGGCUGCUGCUACAGUUGGCGUAGGCGAGGGUAAGAUUCAGCCACGCGAAAAAUAAUUCCAUUAUUACAUACCGCUACUCGUUGUUAGUAGAUGCUGUAAAGGUAAAAGAAGUUUUUCUUGUGUGCAAUGUGUAUUCUGCUUUGCGUUUUUUGCUUUCGUGGAAUGUAUACGGUGCUUAUUCUACCAAGAUCACGUUAGCUACGAGCCAUUAUUUAGGGAGUUAGUGUUAUUGUCGUCAUCUUCGCCGCUGCCGCCGCCGUUUGCUUACGUCGCUGACCAAUUCCGACGUUUGGUGGACGACUGCCGCGCGACUGCGAUCUUGGCAACGUCAGGAAGAGCUCGAACAGUGGUGCGUGUCCCACUGGCGAUUCAGGAAGCACCCAACGUCAUUGUGUGUAGUGCUUUAUCGCCCGGAUAACAUUAUACGCGCUUUUAGCACGACUUGCUACAGCGGCACCCUAGGAGUGCGCGUGGCGGGAACGCCAGCUACGCCAGUAUGCGGAUGAGUAGCGGAAAGUGUCACGUUGACAGAACAACCGUCUGUCACCCGUCUCCCGUCGGCUACCAACUCGAUUUACCGCAGUGCUGAUAAUUGUAUAGGCCCAUUGAAAUAGUCGAGCUAUCGUGCUAUCUCGUGUUUCCGUGCGCUUAGACGGUGUUCGGCAGAGUACCGGUCAAGCACCGGUUAACACUGGCUGCUAAAUACUGAAAAUAAGGUCAAAGAACAUUCCAUCGAAGGAAUAGCAUAGACGAGGAGGAAUCGAAUCGACCAGAAAAGGGAGCUACAAGUGCUAAAGAGGUAACUGUGUGCAUGACACAUGCACAAUCACCGCUCUAAAUCCUACAAGCGUCUCAGUCGAGCUCAGCAAUGGUUGCGCGAAGCUGCCGUGCAGUUUUCUAAGCAUUCAGUUUGCUUAGUCCGCGUUGCACGAUCUGCUGGGCUUGCCUGAGGCUUGUCGGAGCUGAGCUCACGGUGUGAAUGCGACUCCGGCCCCCCUUCGACGGCGGGGUCGCCCGACGUCAUGAGGCGUGCGGCCGUCGAGUCCCCAUUCGCCCGGCUCUGACGCACUCAACUUUGGUGGUAGCAGGCAGCGGGCUCACCAGUGAUCCUCGAUUCGACGCCGUCGUUCCAAUACCGACUGUUGCAACGGGGAAGUUAGUCACAACAAGUCAUCUAAGAUCAACCGCGGCAUCGAGAAGAGUAUUGGCCAACGCUUCCAGUAGUUGUGAUAGUGAUACCGAGGCUUACGACGUUGCCAAUCUAAGACUAUGCCUGGACAUCGACGUUCUAACGACAACAAGACAAUAUAAUGAACGAAGUCAGUACAUGCACCGACGACUGAGGUACGGCGACGUUGAAGAGUAUGUGGUAAAAGUCAGCAAAACUCAGCAGCUGUCAAAAAAAACUAUCAAUAGCCAGAACAACAACACAAGCAGUCGAAAAGAAAAGACGACGUGCCGCAACAAAGACGCUUGCGCUCCGCUGCUAACUUCAAAAUUAUCAACAAUGUACAGAACAAACACACGGCGACUGUUUCGAUGGUCGCUCAUCUACCUCUUAUUGGGGGUAUUUUGCAGCACAUCUGAAGUAGCUGCGAGUCCACUGAGGAGACAAACCGAAGAAUUUACAGCAGCAGACGUAAAUGAUUCACAGCUCCCGUCAAAUACGCCGCAAAUUUACGUAUUCCCAAAGGAUCAGACGGUGAUCAGCAAUAAAGUAGCAUCAUUCGUCUGUAUGGCAGAUGGUCGACCAGCGCCACAUAUCGAAUGGCGCAAAGGCGGUCGCCGAGUGUCUACGACCCGCUUUUCGAUUCAGAACAUUCCUGGUGGAUCAGUACUUCGCAUCGAUCCCGUUCGUGUCGCAAAGGACAAUGCGUCGUACGAAUGCUUAGCUGAAAACGGUGUCGGCGAGCCGGUUCGAGCCUCAUUCACCCUCUACGUACUGGAAGAGGACAACGUACCGCGUGGUUUUCCUUCAUUCAGCCUGCUGCCAAACAUGCAGGGUAUUGAGAGGAAUCGUAGUGCGAUUUUGCCAUGCCGCGCUGAAGGCGAUCCCGAACCGACGAUCUCGUGGCUUCAUAACGACGUCCCUGUUGAUUUGAAUAAUCCGCGGUAUCAACUCAUCAACGGCGGAUCUCUACAGAUUUCCAAUGCCCAGGAGGAGGACCAAGGUAACUAUGAGUGCGUGGCCGAAAAUGGUGUCGGUACUCAGGUCUCGCCUAUGGCAACUCUUUACGUCAAGCUUCGUCGGGUGCCGCCAUAUUUCUCAAUUCCACCCGAGGCACGCUACGAAGUGUCACCUGGGGGUUCGCUAAACAUCUCGUGUACGGCCGUGGGUUCACCGAUGCCCUACGUGAAGUUUCGUUACACAGACGGUGACGACCUACCACCGCCUGCCGGUAAACAGCAAUACCCCGAAGGAAGGAACAACCUCACGUUAGAGAAUAUUCGUGAGUCGGUCAACUAUACAUGUGUCGCUCAAUCGAAACUAGGCACAGCUGAGCAUCAUCUGGCAAUCGUUGUGCAAGCGUUACCGAAACCCCCUUCGUCUGUGUCAUUCUCCGAGGUGACCACUACUUCAGUGCGGCUCGCAUGGAGCUACGACGCUGGAGCGGAGAACAUCCGCUACUACGUCGUGCAGUACAAGCCACGCGGGGCGAAUUCAGCCUUCUCCGAGAUCUCGGGCGUAACCGGCAGUAACAUCUAUGUUCGCGACCUGGCGCCGUACACGGAGUACGAAUUUUACGUGAUCGCCAUGAACGACCUGGGUCGUGGUUCACCCUCUGAUCCUGUAAUUGUCACCACCGGUGAAGCGGUGGACAUGCGUCGUCAAGUCAAGCCUGGAAGUGCACCGAGGAACGUCCUCGCGAGACCUCUGAGCUCCAGCACUGUAGUGGUGCAGUGGGACCCGCCCAAGGAGCCCAAUGGCCAAGUGAUGGGCUACAAAAUCUUAUAUACGAAGAACCCCACGUUACCGGAAACGGCAUGGCACGAGUAUCAGGUUGAUUCGAGCCGACUUACGACGUUGUCGAAUCUCACCCCACUUGCGACAUACACAAUAACGGUAAAGGCGUUCACUGGACGUGGUAUGGGGCCGGCUUCGCCGCCGAUUCAAGUCAAGCUCCAGCAAGGGGUGCCUACCCAGCCUAGCCAAUUAAAGGUAACGGCCACCGGUGCGACCACUGUGCAGCUGAACUGGACGCGUCCCGCCUACUCGGCUGACAACAUCGUCGGUUAUGUCAUAUACUGGAACGACACCUACUCACAAAACGAGGAACACAAGGAGAUCGGCGACGUUGAGACGUAUACACUCGACAACCUGUAUCCUGACACAAUCUAUUAUGUCUGGGUGGCGGCACGCUCGCGAGCCGGGGAAGGGGCUGCUACCCCGGCCUUUCCUGUCAGGACGGAGCAGUAUGUUAUCGGAGAUCCGCUCGAGGACAUCGUCGGUAUGCCGGUCAACUCGCAGGCCGUUCGAAUCAGCUGGCAGGCUCCGCCCGUAAUGAGUCGCGCGUCUAACACUGUCCCUGUCACCUACUACAAGAUCCGUUACCAGAAGAUCAACGACAGGAAGCAAGAAGCUGAGCCGACAAAAGAACUGCAGGUUAAGCCCGAUGAGACGUCAGUUGAGGUCUCCGGCCUCGACAAAUGGAGCCCGUACCGCUUUUGGAUCAUGGCCGGCACAGCUGUUGGCGAUGGCCCGCCUUCUAGGGAGAUCAUGGUUACCACCGACGAAGACGUCCCUGGCGAACCACGAAACGUGAAGCUGUCGCCGCUUAACAGUACGGCCAUUUCGGUCAACUGGAAGCCUCCUUCAAACCGCGACCGACACGGCCUGAUCCGGGGCUUCCAGAUACACGUUCAAGAAGUCAACAAAGCUGGAGAUAUGGUCGGAGAACCACUUCGAUACGACGUCGCCGAUGAGAACGCAGAGACGUUUAAUAUCACUGAUCUUCAACCGGACACAGAAUACAGCAUCCAGGUGGCAGCAGUUACCCGGAAGGGCGACGGCAUGCGCAGCCGACCCAAAACAGCAACUACACACGGAGGUGUGCCCACCAAACCGGAGCUCAAGGCAACAGUUAAAACGACGGAAGAUAACAAACUUCGUGUUGAACUCGCUUGGCAGAGACCUUCGCACACGUAUGGGGAGCUGCAAAUGUACCGUCUUCGCUACGGGCCCAUGGAUGGGGAACCCCUUGAGGAGACCACGUUCACGCACAAUGAGUACCAGAUUACUGUAGAAAACCUUUCACGUGGCGCGCGCUACGAGUUCCGGUUAGCAGCGCGCAACCUGAUCGGGUGGGGCCAAGAAGCGAUUUCAAGGAUCAACACCCCCGAAGGGGAGCCAACCGCCCCUCCGUAUAAUAUCACGUUUCGACUUCAGAGCCCGGACACCGCUGUGGUAACUUGGGACGCUCCGCCGAUGGCUCACCGCAACGGCUAUAUCGCCAACUAUAUGAUCGAGUUUCGCAAGAGGGGUUCCGACUUUGCCGGCAACGACCGCAACACAUCGAAGACACGCACCGUGUUUUCGGGCCUGGAGGAACGUACUGAAUAUGUGUUUCGAAUUAAGGCCUGCACAAACAAGGGCGCCGGGCCUUGGUCCAAGGAAGUGAUCGUUGCCACACCGGGUGAUAUCCCGUCGGAGCCGACUAAUGUCCAAGCUAUCGCUACGAGCGAUGCCUCGUUCGAAGUUUGGUGGGACGAGGUGCCCUAUUUCGGUGACAUUCUUGGCUACAAGAUUCUCUAUACAAAGACAGUGGUGGAGGAUCUUGAUGAUUGGGACGAGAAAGUCAUUCCUUACCUGACAUGGUCAGCCGAUAUUACUGGAUUAGAGCGGGAUACGGUGUAUGCCGUUCGGGUAGCCGCUUUUCAGAAAACAUCCUAUAGCGACGUAACGAUUGGCAAGUUGUCGCAGCAAAUCACCGUGCGUACGUCCCCCACUGAUGUUGUUACGCAGCUGCGCGCUUCCAUCAUCACCACCCACGGGUUCUCUCUGUCCUGGCGACCACCCAGCCGGUUGGACUAUAUCAAGUUUAACAUCAGUUACUCAGCCCAAAAGGAGUUUGUAGACAGCCAAGGCGUGUUGCAGGAAUUGCCGAUUCCGGCACAAAACGUCUUGCUCGAUGCGGGGUCGACAAACUACUCUAUUGAGACUCUAAUGCCGUUCACUACGUACAAAGUAAAUGUGACGGCAAUCGCAAGGAACGGUUCGUACAGACCUGCAGCAAAAAUUUCCGUAACCACAGCCAUGGCAGCGCCCAAACCUUUAGUUAAACCCGACUCUCUGGGUCCAACACAGAACCAUGAGAUAUUAGUAGUACUGCCCCAGGCGUCGGAAGAGUUCGGUCCUAUCAAGCACUACUUCUUGGUGGUUGUGCCCGCUGAAAUGGCUAUCAAGGAACCCGAUGAUUACCGAAUCGAAGACCUCGUAAACGUUGUAAACAAUGAGGAGGAUACAGCGUACAUCGCUGCCAAGUUUUUGAGACUGGCGAUGCCCCAAGAGUUCCCCUUGGGUGAUGGAAAGAUCUAUGGUGGCUUUCGCAAUCGCAAACUGCACACAUAUCGCCGCUACAGGAUAUUCGUUCGUGCCGUAGUCGACGCACCGCAGAAGAACUUAGUCACUAGCAGCCCGUUUUCGCAGGACCUCGGACUGGACGUAAUGACACACUAUUCCCGCAAUCCCACGCAGAACCCCGCCGUCCAGCCGCGUCCGACCAGCCACGGCGACGUCGGGUGGAUUAUCGGGCCCGUGCUAAUCAUCAUUUUGCUGGCAGCCACCCUCACUCUGUUCUUCAUUCUCGCCAAGCGAAGGCGGGGCUUCGUUCAGUCCAAGACCCCCAGCUGCAACGGUAACGGGCCAGCCAAUAACGAAACCACCAUGAAGUUGCUUCAGCCGAAUGGUAGCCGCUCGAUGGGCGAUGUGGCCGGCGAUUAUGGGGCGGGUAUCAAUGGCGCUGUUGGCGCUGAUCCCCUCGAGCUGCGUCGUAUGCAGACUCCCGGUAUGCAGGGUCAUCCACCGAUUCCGGUGACAGAACUCGCACAACACAUAGAGCGCCUGAAGGCCAACGACAACCUCGCCUUCUCGCAAGAGUACGAAAGCAUCGAUCCCGGACAGCAGUUCACCUGGGACAACUCGAUCUCGGAGAUCAACAAGCCGAAAAACCGCUACGCCAACGUCAUUGCGUACGACCACUCGAGAGUGGUACUCGAGCCGUUACCGGGCAUUCAAGGGUCAGACUAUAUUAACGCCAAUUAUUGUGACGGGUACCGACGGCAGAACGCCUAUAUCGCUACGCAGGGUCCCCUACAAGAGACUAUCGGCGACUUUUGGAGGAUGGUAUGGGAACAACAAUCUGCUACCGUAGUCAUGAUGACUAGGCUGGAGGAACGAACCCGAGUGAAGUGUGAUCAGUAUUGGCCCAGCAGAGGUAGUGAACGUUAUGGGGUGAUAGAGGUGACUCUCGAGGACGUGAGUGAGUUAGCCACCUAUUGUGUGCGCACCCUAAGCCUGCGCCGUGAUGGCUUUCUUGAAAUGCGUGAAAUCAAGCAGCUGCAGUUCACCGCAUGGCCCGAUCAUGGUGUGCCCGACCAUCCUACGCCAUUCCUCAUGUUCCUGAGGCGGGUUAACCAGCUGAACCCGCAGGGCGCUGGACCUCUGAUCGUGCACUGCAGCGCCGGAGUCGGCCGUACCGGGUGCUACACCGUCAUCGACUCUAUGUUACAGAGGCUGCGCCACGAGGACACCGUUGACAUCUAUGGGCACACAACAUGUCUACGAGCCCAACGUAACUACAUGGUCCAAACUGAGGACCAGUACAUCUUCAUCCAUGACGCUAUCCUUGAAGCUGUCAUGGCGGGUCACACGGAGGUGUCGAGCCACCAGCUUUAUCAGCAUGUCAACAUGUUGCUGACGCAGAACGUUGAUGGAUCAACAAAACUUGAAGCAGAGUUCCGUCAACUAAAUGAGAUGCAGAUCCACAACGCUAAGUUCAUAUCGGCCAACCUCCCGAUGAACAAGUUCAAAAAUCGGCUAAUGAACAUUUUGCCGUACGAGGCUAGCAGAGUGUGUUUACAGCCGCUCAGGGGCGCUGACGGGAGCGAUUAUAUUAAUGCCAGCUUUGUUGAUGGUUACCGCUAUAAAAACGCCUACAUUGCCGCACAGGGCCCGAUGGCCGAAACAACGGAAGACUUCUGGAGGAUGAUCUGGGAACACAACUCGAAUAUCAUUGUUAUGCUCACCAAGCUGCAGGAGAUGGGGCGGGAAAAGUGCCAUGCGUACUGGCCGAGUGAGCGUUCACAAAGGUAUCUCUACUACGUUGUGGACCCCAUCACGGAGUACAACAUGCCCUCGUAUGUAAUGCGGGAAUUCAAGGUGACCGACGCCCGCGACGGACAAUCCCGCACCGUGCGCCAGUUCCACUUCACUGACUGGCCUGAGCAGGGAGUCCCUAAGGACGCCGAGGGUUAUAUCGAUCUCAUUAGUCAGGUACACAAGACCAAAGAACAAUUCGGCCAGGAGGGCCCAAUCACGGUUCACUGCUCGGCAGGUGUAGGUCGCACUGGAACAUUUAUCGCCUUGAGCAUCGCUCUCGAGCGGCUGCAGUGUGAGAGUCAGGUGGAUCUGUUCUCUACUGUCCGGAUGCUACGAACGCAGCGUCCGGCAAUGGUACAAACCGAAGAUCAAUACCAGUUCUGCUAUCGAGCAUUGCUUGACUACCUCUCAAGCUUCGACCAUUUCACCAGCUGAAACGUUUAGCGUCAGUAAACGGCCAGAGCGCUAAUAGCACACAUCUGCGAGGAUACGCUCUGGGUCGCCGCUGAUAACGACGAAGUUUUGUUUAUAUAUCUUCAUGUAUUACUACUAUAAUAUUAACCAGUUUGUUUGAUAUGAACUGAUCGACAAACAACAAACGACGAAGCAGCAAGCAUAAGUAAAACCAACAACCAAUAUAUAUGAUAUGAAAUACUAGUGACAGCGCAUCAACAAGACACUGUUCUGAUCGAAACUGAUAACAGAACUACGCAACAAAACCGAAAGUAGCGUUGACAGCCUCGUCUGUAUCAGACAGAUAUAAUUUAGUCGCUCUGCUGUAACAAGAAAAGCGACGUUCUUAUCGACGAUCUCUAACCUCGAUCGGUGAGGGACAGCGUAGCGUUCGCUUGGCUUAACCUCCAUGGUGCCAUCCGUACAGGACGUAUUUGCAUUAGCGGCCGACCACAAUUACGCUCUAAUCGAUCGUUUCAGGUUUGUCUCCGGCGACCCUGGGCGAAUUUCUCAGCGGUAUGAAUAGGAAAACUCUUCGUCAUGCAGCUGCAUGGACUAUUUGACUAUGAUUUCGUCUUGAAGGCAACAACUGAUCUUGUCGACUGACCUCACAGCACAGAUCAUUCAUAUCAUUUUGAGAGUGAGAGUGUCAUGUGAUUUUUCAAUGUCAACGACAAUUGAUUCUCCCGCAUUGACAGCUGUAUACGCUUCUAUAUAUGUAUGUAGAACAGAAUUCCUCAUCUCUAGAAGCACGGCAAUAAUUACGAUAGAAAGUAUAAGAACGACUAGGUAAUAAUAACAAUUGCUUAAUUUCAAUUAAUUAAUGUGUACGAUAUGUACGCAGCACUCAUGCAUAUUUACAUAUACUGACCAGUGCAGAAGUCGACCGGGUGAUGCCGACGCAGACGGCGAAAUGGAUUUGAAGUCCGUGCUGUGUGAAGAAAUGUCGAAAAGUCGAGAUGGAUGCCGAUAAUAUGGAUUUGGAUCGAAGUAGCCAAUUAUUUAGCUUUGCGUUUAAUAGGACGGUUAAGUUUGUGAUGCAUGGAAAUACUAGUACUCGAGUGCGGUGCCGAUCAGCUGACAAACGCAUGGGUGGCGUUGAUAUGAGGGUGUCGAAACCAUAAAGCGACACGCAGAGGCGGGAAAGAUAGGGGGUAGUACCGAAAUUAUAUCAAUCACAAAUAGAAAAAUGGACAAACCGUUUGUUGUACCGCAGAACAUGGUAUAAGUAUGGUAAACAUUGUGAUGGCCUGCUUAAAUGUCUUGGCAAAAAUCCUCAAGCCCAGGAAUUAUUCGCUGAGCUUCAAUGUGUAACAAUGAGACGGAUGCGGUAGAUAGCUAUCGAGAAUUUGCGUCGAAGUUUGCCGGAGACUGGAGAAUUGAAUGGGUUAUCGAUGAGUGACUAGGCCGUCGAAUACAUCGUAUUUCACAUGCAUAGUACUAGCGGUAGCAACAACACCAAGUGAGACAAAACAACAUUGACGAAGUAGUCAGACAAACGAUAAAAACACGUACACAUAAGAUAUGCUUAUGGGGUAAUAAGAUAUGCGUCUGGCUGUAGGGGAUCAACGGUAGGGAGGCUCUCGCAAACGCGGGUGGGCGCACUCAUGCGCGGCUCAGGAUCGGGAAGCUCCUCUAUGUAUGUGUCUACUGCUACUACCGUAAUACUACUAAUAUCAACAUUAACUAAUAUAACACAAACUAGACUUUUGUACUUUUGUAUUAUUCGUCGCACCCUAACUCGUACACACAUACACAUACUUCUUAUGAAAAAAAUCACCAAAUUCCACAAUAUCUGUAUUUUUAAAUAACACAAUUUUUGCGUCGAUCGAUAAAACCAUCUCAUCCGAAGUCAUCUUUUGCGUAAUGGCGCCUCACUGCAAGAUCGAGCGCAAUCGUUACGAGUGCUGUGGGCAAACGACUGUCAUUUUGCCCGAAUAUUUUCUUAUACGAAGCCCACCUCAAAUGAGAGAAUUCAAGCUGAUCUUUACUAACGGAAAGAAGGUCCAAAUUGAACACUGACCGUACAUUUAGCUUGUACCUUCUACAGCAGACGGAAUAGCCUAAUUUUGUCUAAGUUCGCUCCCCUUCAUUUCCCGUCGUUUUCAAAGGCCAACUAGAUUUUCUAUCUAUUUUUUUUUUUAAUUUUAUAUAAUUGCGAGAAUUAUCUGCAUUACUGCUAUAAGCCUUCAAAGGGUUAUAGUUAGGAUUUUGUAUUGUGCGCUUCUGUAGCUAACGAUCUCGUAAGACUGCAACAUUGACUGAUUCUCUCUUUUGCUAGGUCAUGCAAGUAAGACGAGCUAAUUAUUAAUAGCUGAUUAAAUUUGUUUGAAUUAUUUCGUCUCAGUGGAGCCUAGGCCUCGUAUGUGCACAUUUACCUUAACACUUACCGAAAUCUUGGUUGUGACCGACACGACGUAAAACCGCCAUGUGAGCUGCUCCAAAAGCGAAGUUAAGACCUCGUGAGGUAUAUCCUCUUUUGUUAGCAUCGCUUCAAAUGAACACAAUUUCGAAACAACCAUUCGCAGCUACUUUUCGUAAAAGCGCUAGUGCACUGUUCGUCUCUAACAAAUAUGGCAAAGUCAUUUCCAUUAAUUAUAACAGUGAAUUAACAAUAGCCAACUUCGCUCAGUACUGUAAGAUAAAGUGACACCUGUGGGUGGCUCGUAUCGAGUGAAAGUUGCUUUAAAGAAUGGAACGUAUACUUUUUGGUUGACAUUGGGGCUAUGAAAAUUAAGUUCUCAGUUAAUUUUUGUAUCUACUGAUUGCUGCUAGGUGGAGCAGUUGUGCUAAUCAAGGGGAAAACAGCGUAACGUCGAAACGUUAAUAAGGACGUGGCUGAUGUAGUAGGGAUGUAUCGAAUAGGUUUUCGCCUAUAACUGUGUGUACCUUGUGCGUAAAUAUGUUUGUGUCCCUAAGGUGUAUGCACGGUGUUUAUAGUUUAAACUGGUUAGUUAAGAAAAGACAAUGGUGAUGAAAAAACGGGCUAGACAGAAGCAAUUAGCGCUGAACCUCGACCGAUGCUCAAUGAGCUAUCGGUACCUGUAUGACUGUGUGCCGGAGCAAAUGAAGUUUGACGCUCUUAAGUGAGACUAGGUUAAGCUGAUCCUGUGUCCAUCAACGCCACCCUGUGAGCAGAGCUAACAGUGAGCCAUAGCUCAUAACACCGACAACCUCUGGCCACGACACCAAGACCAUCCCAUAAGCUUACAAAAAAACGUAACAACGCUGUGCAGGUGUUCUACAUAUUUGCACAAAUAAAUCACACACACACACACACACACACAGACACGCAUACACACUCGAUUACAGACCUAUUACAUUUGUAGGGUAUGUGCGCAAAAACAUAGGUUCACGGAUACGACAGUCGUAUGUUAGAUUAUUGAAAAUAAAAGUACGACAGAAUGAGAGACGAAAACCAUCAGUCAUAGUAACAUCAUGAUGCAAAAGAUAAGAGAAAAUAACCACAUUGUACACAUGAGCGCAAGCCGCACUAACUUUCGUCAAACACAUGCCAUAGCCCCAUCGAAAUUCCUAUGAAAGCGAAUCAGUGAAACGCAGAAAGAUAUUUUUUCAUUAUUUGCUACUUUUCUAUUUUAUAGAUUUUUUUUUAUUUUAUUCGGUUUUAUCUUGAUUUUCCAGCUCGUCAGUGUGUCAACAACAACAAGACCUGCAUACUCCCCUACAUUAGCAAAACCAUUUGAAUGAGUGAUUGCGCACAGUGAGAAAUAUGGCCCAUAUGGGUUGAUUCUGGAAAUUAUUAGUCGUCUUAAUGCGUAUAUGUCGACAAAAAGGAUAUAUUUGAACUACCGACACAAAAUCAAACUAACAUUGACCGCAAACGGAGAUGAUCACUACAGGCCGAAUGUGGGAAACGUGCCGACGACGUAAAUGUCGUGAAAUGCAUGUUUUGAAAAAUCACAUGAAAAAUAAUGAGGUAGUAAACAGACAGACAUAAGCAGACGAUUUUGUUGUGUUGUGUUGUGUAAAUAGGUCUGUAUAUUUUUUUGCGUGUGUACUGAUUUUCUCCUGUAAUAAUAAUUUCAGCACAUAAGCACGUGCUAUUUGUAUAAAUGUGAUGCGAAAAUGUAUGAUUAUUAAUUCAUGUGAAUUUUUUUUGGCCGAAUGAAAACCUGGACCGCAACGAACGGUGGGAACGGGGAGGAUGAAGAUGCAUGAAGAAAAAGAGACUAAGUAUUAACAGCAGUAUUCAAACAAGAUGAGCCUAAACGAACCUUGGUUGGUAAACAACUUGAACAUAUAUUCAUUGCAAGGCAGACUUUAGAAAAGUGUGCAAAACUGAAACAACAAAAAAGAAAGUUAUCACGCUCGACAAACGGGAUCAAGGAAGUUCCAUACGUAAACAAACGAAUAACGAUUGCUUUUGUAAGAUGGUAGAAAGGUACCACAUUUCGUAUGAUAAUAAUAAAUGACUUAUGCAAGAGUUCGUCAAUGUUAGGAAAUUAAAUGAGCAGAUAAGUGAUUUAUGUCACAAACUACUUGAGUUCCCCUCAUGGAAGUUGUUAAAAUAACAAAUAAAAGCUGUCUGAAAAUGUGAGCGAAGCUGGCGACAAGUUACAAUGGUGAAACACACUCGUCUCUAUCGGUCUAUAUAUUAGGCUCUUUUUCCUAGGCCCAAAGAAAAGCCUGUGGAUCGAACCGCGACGAACACUACAUGUCAACGCAGAAACCUCGCCGAAUUGAGAAAUGUCAGAGCUUGUAGCAUAAUAUAUCUACUGGAUAAUCGCUAAGGUAAUUACCACAUAUAAUUCAAAUCGACGCGACCUACCACUAUAACCGGUGUCGACAACAAAUGGUCAAUGAUGAUAUGGUUAUGAUAAGGCCAGUAGUGAUGGAAAAUACGUAAGAUAUCAAAAUGAAGAGAACAACAAUUCUAUUAAUAGAAAUGUAUGUCAAACAAACAAUAAUUGUAUUAAUAUUGUAUGUAAAUAAAUUGCGACGUACAGACUAAGGAAAUAUAUAUAUAUAUAACGUCAGAAAAGGCCAAAAUCGUAUGCUUUGUGUUUGGUUUUACGAAGUGCGAAGUCCUCACAGGCGAGCACGUACUAUAGAUUCCAAUUAGUACAUUGAUGGGUUUCUCGAUCGGAGAGUUUUAAGUUGCGUCGUCUCUUUUAAGUUUUACUACGUAAACGAGGCGAUAGAUAUAACAGUUCGAUCGACAGCUCUUGUGUUGGCGCAUGGAUCCGUUAAGUUGCGCAAGAGAGCUCGCAAAAUCCCAAAUUUCCUUUUUAUGUUACGCGAUAUCAUUUGUGGUCUAUUAACGGAAGAUACAUGCUUUAGGUAAAUGAAAAUAACACAAAAUAUCAAAUAAUAACGUCUAUGAAUAAAUACUAUUUAUAAGAAAAAAUCAUAGUGCUCGUAAUAAUUUGUCACGAGACAAGAAUAUAUAUAUUCAUGCAAAUGGUGACAAAAGAAUGAAUGAGAGAAAUACAAAUGGGAACAGUCAAAGCGUAACAAUACGAUCAAUGAACGAACAUUAAUGAUUUAAGGUAACAUAUAAUGAAUAUUAUGACAAUAAUAAUAAAAAAAAUGACUGAAAUAUAUACUUAGUAUGAUAAUGAGGAGGGUCAAGAAGAAAAUGACUAUAAUAAGCCAUCAAUUAGCACUGAACAGUACUACGGGCAAUAGAUAGUUCGUAGAUACCGUUUGCUAUUAAGUAAAAUGGCCGGUAACAAGUUAAAAUUACUUGUCAAUAAACAUAUCAUCAACCACAAAUAAACAAAUUUAGGCGAUACAGGCAUGGCUGACAAAGAACAGAUAGCUAAAAAGGCUGAUGAGAGAGAGAUGACUUUCUAAGGUGAGAAUGCUAACAGGAGAGCAGGCUGAAGGAUGCCUUUAAAACGAGAAAAAUAAUGUGUUAAGAGAAAUGGGCUAAGUAUGUAAGAAAUCAUAUUCGGACACCACUCGAUGUACACAGAUAGAGCCACUCAGACAGACACUUGCAAGAGAAAAAAUCAGGCUUUUCAUUUUACCACGCAGAUGAUUCGAUGGGUAUAAAAUAGAUCUAACAUAACCAACCGUCUGAUUCGUUUACGUAACUAUAUAUAGUAUGAAUUUCUCGUUGUAGAAGUCUUCCUUCUAGCGAUCUGUGUACUCUGUUCAUACUUUCGUACCUAACGGCUAUCAUUUUAAACUCCCUGUGCCGACCUUAAGUUUUGGCAGCUGGUUCUUUAAAAAACAUGAUCGGACUCAGCUUCCUUCGUUGGUUCGUCCUUCGCUUUUUAAUUUUCCGCGUGUUUUUUCUUCACGUAGUUUAAUUAAUAAUAAGAUAUCUGAGAAGCCUACAAGACAAUGGACAAAGGUCCCAAAAGCAUUAUAGGUACUGAUUAAUUCAAAACUGAAACUUUGAACUAUAGCAGCAGCAGCAGCGGCAGCGGCAGCGGUACACGUUGUCGCGGAAUAUUGCUUUAAGAAAUCUGAAGUCGUGAACUCUAUUCCGCAGGAUUUUGGAUGAUGUAACAUACGAAUGUGAGGAUGUACCAGGCCCUGUCACCGGAUGAACUUUUCCAUAAAUCGAUUAUAAUUGUUUUUAACGAUGCGUUAAUUUAAAUCGAGAGCGUUUUUCGCUUAGCCGCUGUUUAUCGAGAAAAAAAAAAA